GGGGAAUCAUUUCAUUUCGUCCGGCUAACUGCUGUUGGUUGGUGGACACACCAGCAUCAGAGAAAGAGGGAUAGCGUAAACCUAAUGAUGGAGGAAUUCGAAGGUGAGCUAAAUUUAGCCAUCCAGGUGUUUAUUUUAGCUCUCCGUGGAGAAAUGUAGCUCAGAACCUUCUCGUUUUACACCGUCAAAUGGAAUAAUUUACUGUUAAUUUAGCGCGGCGGCUUUUGUAAGCGACCCCGUUUUGUUUGGGAUUUAGCUGAAGUAAUGCUAGGUAACGCCAGGGCCAGAAGCUAGCGACUGUCUCCCAUGAAUGGGUGUGAUCUCUGCAUUAGCCACGGGAGCUAGAAAGUGUUAGCAGGCUACAUUCUGAAUUUUGGAGAUGAAAUAAACCACACAUUAUUUAACUAACCGUUAAAUAUGAAUUAUAUGGAGUUGUAUCCACUUGUAACCGUGUUACGGGAAUCCCGGUGAAGUGUUUUGUGAUAGUUUUUGGCCUUUAGACCAAAAUAAGGAUUCAUAGUUGGGAAAUCUAAACAUUGAUUCAUUGUUUUUCCUAUUUCCUUCACAAUGGCUAUUAGCUCACAUCGAGAAAGUUCCUAUUCUUUAAUGCCAUUCAUCAUAUACUAUGUUAUAACAAACCCUGUGUGUUUCUCCAGAUGUUGAUUUUAUCAGCUUUGAGCUCUGUCUCCUCUCUGCAAACAUAAUUUUAUGUCUUUUCCUUCAGAUGAUUACGCUCCUCCUGCCGAGGACCUGGUUCAAUGCAACAUUUGUCAAAGGUCUUUCUUCCCUAAAGUCCUGGUAAAACAAACAACCCGUAUUUUGUUUUAAUACGACUUGAUUUAGUCUGAUUUAAAAGGCAGUUUUUACUCCUCUUGAAACACGCGAUGAAGAGUGCUGAGUCUGUAAUGAUGAUCCUAUCAGCUGAUGGAAAAUCAGCUGUUAUGUGAGUCAGUGUGUGUGCGUGCACAAAAGCUGGUAGUUUUCAGCAAAGAGCUGUAAGAUGUACUUGUUCAAGCAAACACAUAGAGCUAUGGGAAAGGAGAUGAUCAAAUGGAUGAUCAAAUGAAAACCAAGAGCACAUAAUGUAGAUAAUGGUUUCUUUGUCAUGGAAUUCGUUCCUAGAAAGUCAGUGUGAAAUGUUGGAUUUGAACACUUGACUGCUUUAAGAGGACAGACUUUAACAACAAAAUUGCCUGGCUCUUUAAUUUCAGUGAGUUUAUAUUUUGUAAAUCAUUUCAUAUGUUUAAUUGUUUCUGUACAGAAGCUGAAUAGACAGAAUCAUGGUUGUAAUGCAUAUUUUUCUUACUACCACAGUACUGACUUAUUUAAUAGUUUGCGUUACAUCAUUUUAUUUUUUAUUCUUGCAACUUUUUUUGUACUUUUAAUUCGGUCUCAGUUUUCUUUUUUCUGUUUCUAUUGCACUGGAAAUGGAGAAGCUCUCCAAUCUCGUUGUACCUUCUGUAUAAUGACAAUAAAGGGCAUUCUGAUUCUGAUACUGCUAGAACAUUGCACUGCGUUAUUGAAACAUCUUCCUUCCAGCUGAUGCAAACAGAGGCAGCUAUGUUGUUGCACUUAACAUCAUUAGUUGAUGAUAGUUAGAUAAAUGCAUGAUGCAUAAGAGCAUUAUUUUCCUUGGAAGUGUGCAUUUGUAUAUGCCUGCUUGCUUCUCCAUUAGGAGUUCAGGAGAUCUGCUACUAUUAGGAAGGAAGUGUAUUAGUCUUGCUUUUUUGCAAAUGCAGAUUUCAAUAUGCUGCUGAAAUAGAUCCACUUGUGUUUCUUUAUCACAUGUUAUUAAAUUGCCUUGCAUGUGCUGAGAGCAUUUUUCACAUAUUUUUCUUUUUUUAACAGGAGAAGCAUACUAAGAUCUGUCAAAAGGCAGCAAGCAAAAGGAGGAAGGUUUUUGACUCCAGCAGACAAAGAGCUGAGGGCACUGACAUCUCUACUCUCAAACCUAUCAAACCAAGGGUAAGAAUAUGGCUCUUUAGAAGCAUUGGCAUUUAACACACAUAUUCAAGCCAUUCAUAUUUGAUUAUUUGUCAAGCAGCAGCAAGUCUGAGUUCACAACUUCAUAUUUCUGAGCCGAAUGUCACAUUUCUGUUCAAACUUUAUCAACUUUAAAACAUUCAGACCGCAACUGUCUUUUCCUUUUUUGGUGAAGAAUGACAGAUUUCUCUUCAUCUGUCCAGUUAAAUGUGUACAAUUAUACUCAAAGUUACUGAUCUAGUUAGAAUAGUAAGUAUCAUAUGUUGGCAGUUUAAUUUCAAAUGUAAAUCACUUUUAAUUGUAUUUCAGUCACAAGGUUCAUCAUCUACUGUGAAAGUAAGUUGAUUUGUCUUUUUAAAAUUGUUUUGUCUUUCUUUAUACGAAAUCAGUGACACACUUAGUUCUCAUUGUUUCUUACUGUUUACUCACUCUCUCUGGCUUAAUAGACCCUGAUUUCCUGGCUCUGAUCGGUAGUUUAACAAUCUGGAGAUGUGUGAACUUGAACUGUGGUGGUGGCAUUAGUUUCAAAUUAGCCAAAAGCUGUAGUUUCUUCCUUUGUUAAUUUUGCCACAACAGGCUUUCACAAUCUAUGUUUUUGUAUUGAUUUAUUAUGAUCUUUAUAGCUGUUUUAGCCUCGCACACUUACUCUACAACUAACCUUACAACUUCAGAAUUUUGUUUAUGGCACGACCUUCAUACAUGUUCAAGUGAUGUCUGAAUAAUCACGACUUGAAAAUCCUUUUCUGCUUGGUCAAAACUUCUCUAGCGGAGCUGUUGUUAAGAUGUCAACUACGAUAAGCAAACUCUUUGCUCGGCUUCAUUUCUGUGCUCUAACUCACUCUCUGUUCUCACCGGCACCUUUGGUAUGAGCAGAGUCCUUUAUAAGAAACCAAACCUUCUCUCUAAACACUAUAGAGUUAUCAUUUGUCGACAUGCCUUUAGAGCCUGAAGACUGUAACAGUAUAGGAGGAAGUAGGAAGUCAGCAGGAUCACAGCUCAGCGGAUACUCAGUGAACUACUUCUGUCAGAAAUCAUCAGCCUAAGAUGAGACACAGGCUGCCACUAUGAAAAGGAAGGAGAUCUCUUUCAAAGAAAUGGAUUUCAUCUGUUAUUAGUGUUCGUCCUGGUGGCUCAGAAAAAUGUCAACCUUUAAAAAUGUGUAUCAAGUAGAGAAACUUAGAUACAGAGAGUUUUAAUCAUUUUAAUAAAGAACAAAUAAAUGGCUGUAAAUUAUCUUUAUGCAGUCUACUAAAGUAGUAAAAACUCACAAGAAGACUAGUGAUAAGAUUUACCAAGACAGCAGAUUUAGCUGUUCAGGUUAUGGUCAUUAAAAAAAAGGACUUUGUAACAAACAUUUCCUCUGUUUUGCCCCCUGCCAGCCAGAACCUCCUAAGAAGCAAUCGAACUGGCGUAAGAAACAUGAGGACUUCAUUGCAACCAUCCGGGCGGCCAAGGGUGUUACUCAGGCCAUGAAAGACGGGGGGCCAUUACCCCCACCACCACCUCCUACUUAUGACCCAGGUAACAAAAUACUCUGUGGGAGUGAAGUAUGAUGCAAAAGAAUGAGAGUUAAAUAGCCACUCAAUGUCCUACAAUGGUUCUUCUAACUAAAUGAAAACUCGCCAUCUUCUUCUGCAGAAACUGUUAGGCCACAAUCAUAUGACACAGAUACAGCAGCUCUGCAUACAGGAUUUUACUCCACCGUUUUGUCUUUACAGUUGAUACCGUAAGAGGUCAGAAUUCUUACCCAUCCUCUCUGUCUUUAGAUUAUGUCCAGUGUCCUUACUGUCAGCGGAGGUUCAACGAGAGUGCAGCUGACAGACACAUCAAGUUCUGCCAGGAGCAGGCCGCCCGAAUGUCAAACAAGAGCAAGUUAGGAGAUACCAAGAAGCCUCCUGCUCGCACACAGGUACAUCCACUUUUUAAGGCUGCUGUGGGGAACUUUUGGUUAGUGCGGACUGUGGCACAAAUUGCUGGUCCUGUCCUGCACAGACCAUUGUAACAUUUUCUGAUGAAGAAAUCUCUCUUGUUGUCACUCAUGUCUCUGAUUGUCUUGUUUGCCUUUGUCGGUCAUAAAGAGGUGAUCAUUUCAAUGUAUGUUGUACACAAAACAUAUUGACUUGGACUUAACAGCAUGAUAACUUGAUAUAUGAUGCACUGAAUACAUGGAUACAGUUAAAUUGUUACUCACAGCUAUCCUCUAAAGAUGGAAAACAUGUUCAUACGAAGUUUCUAUCCUGAUUUGAGUUUCCCAGAUUGUUAUUCAGGAGAGAGAUAAGUAGUUCAUCCUGCGCUGUAGCUGUUUUUUAAUAAAUAAAAUGUGUUGUUCGUGGAUCUUUAACAGUUCCUAGUCUAUUCUUAACAUUUUUAAACACCUACUUUACAGCUGUCAUGGAGUUACUGUUGUCACUUAGCAACAGCUUAAGCACAACGACUGCGAUUCAUUUGGCAUCCGAUAAAACAACAGUGUCCAAGCAGUUUUGGCUAACAAGAAAACCUUAGCUAUUGAUGAUUAUGUCGCUUUAGUUUCCAGUGUACCGUGGUGGAGUGUGUUUAUUUAAUCUCUUAUAGAUCUAAGCGUCAGAUAAAGUUUUUUUUACAGCUUUGUCAGAGUUUAUGUACGGCCACAAUAUGGUCAAGAAAGCCUCAGUAUGUUUAUUCUGUUCAUGUCAUAUCCCUUGUUCUGCCAUCAUUGUAUGCAUUUUGUAAAAUAUAGUUUUGAAUCCCUCUGCAGUACAAGGCUCCUGCUCCUGCGAAAAAGGUCAGCUCACCUGCCGUGUCCACCAUCCCUUCAGCCUCCUCUCGUUUACCUCAGAGGUCAGGCCUCGGACAGCCCACUGGUAACAGGACCCACAGCUGUUUUGAUCAGUUUCAUCGACAAUAGACUUUUUAGAAACACGAAUAAAGUUAUUUGUGUUUUCAUUUGUAGUCUCUGUUUUUCCUUAGGUAUCCCAUCUAAUAGGACGUCUUCCGCAGGUAUAGUGAGGAGUAGUCCUUCUGGCCUCACAACCCCUCCUUCAGGGUCAGUACACACAUACACACUCUCUUCAUGACUGUUUGACACCAUGAUGACUUAAUUGAUGGUAUUAAACUACUCCAUGUCACAUCUGUUCAUUUAGACGAUUCAAAUAUAAGCCUUCUUUAAGUUUUGUGCUUUAUUUACCAAGUAUUAUCCAAGUGCGUGAUUAUCAUUCUCCUCUUAUUGUUUGUUUUCCUUUUAGUGCGGGAAAUAAGACCCGAGUAGCUAGCUCUGGCUACGGUUCUGGGAGGAGCACGCAGCCCGGAUCAGGACUCAACAAGAAAAAAGUAGAUACCUACAUAUCUAGGUGAGUUCACCAACACAGGUACGUGAAUAAGCACCAAUGAAUCAAACCAGAGUAAGACUGUAUUAUUGCUGGAGUGUGCUGACCUCUUGUGGUAUUUGUUGUGAACUGCAUUGAACUUUAAAGAAUUAUAUAUUCCAAUGAAAUACUGGUGUGCUCCUCAAAAAAAAGGUAUUAGUGUCCUCUUGAUAAUUAAACUAUCGAGAGCCUGUAAUCACCUCACAUGACUGCAUGUAGUGUGAUGACAUUGCCAGCAUGAGUAUAGUACUUUUGCAACUUGUAUCACGUUCUUCUCACAAGUUCCCCAAUGAUUCAUUUUCCGGAGUGUCUUCCAGUUACUUAACUAAAACAUUAUUCACCAACCGGGCACUGACAUACCAAUAAUUCAACUUUGCGUCCUUUCUUAGGAACGAUGUCGAUGGAAAUAAUGACAUCGGAAACGGUGGCGUGAAGAGCAAGUUCUGUCAUGCUUGUGGCACCAAGUACCCUGUUGAAUCUGCCAAGUUCUGCUGCGAGUGCGGGGUCAGGAGGAUGUGUAUUUGAAGGAGGCUGGAAAAAGCGGAUCAUGACAGAUGCACUCAAAACUAGGAUCAGAUCAGAGAGAGUUUCACCAAAGCUGAUUAGAAUUUUACCACUUUGUAUUUUUAUGCUUGAGCGUAACUUCACAGCAGGUAAGUGGUACAGCCGGAGGCAAAGCUAUGAUGCUGUGAUUUUUUCCUAACUGCUGGUUUGUCCCCAUGGAGUCUGGUGGUCAGUUUUGCUUAUAACACCCUUAGGUUUAUACUUCAGCUGUGUGUUAUGAAUUUAGCAACGCUUAAAACAAGAGUAACAAUCCCCUUCUCUUUUAUUUUGCGUAUCACUACUAAGGAAUUCUAUCUGGAGGCUGGGGGAUUUUAGCCAUUAGCUAAUUGGUAAUGGAGUUGCAUGAAACUGUAUCUAAUACAGUAGCAACAAACAGGAUUUGCUUGUUAUUGACCUCUUUGUAACUGCUGGAUGUCCUCCCAUUCUCAGAAGCUCAUACUUUGACACUGCUACAUUCAACUUAAGCAUUAAAUUGACUAAACUUAACCUUGCUGUCAGUGGGCGAUGUUCACAAGAUGAAUGACUUAAAUAACUGGGUCACUGCGUGCGGUUUGAAGCUCGUGGUGCAUCCUGAGAAGAGGUUGCAUACAAGAUGAGUCAGAGAGAGGAGAAAGGCUGAGCUGUAGGAUGGAAAUGUAGAAAAGGAAUAAAGGAAAAAUUUCGAGCGACUCCUUAGAGGUGGGUGUCAACGCCCUGGUCUACCCGCUUCCAGUCAACCUUGGUCUGAAACGCAUUCCUUAUUCUCGUUUUCCUUCACUCCUUCACGAAUAGAUUCUGCUCCUUUAAAUGUGCAAUAUAAUUGACUACUGAAAAAAUAACAGACAUUCAAAAAAGAAAAAAAAAAAAACACGUGAGGAACUUUUGGCAAGGUUUUCCAAUGUUUUGUCAGGGACCAGUCCAAGAACGAAAAGCAGUAACAAGGUCAUUGCUCUCUUGAAGGUCACUUUACAGGCGAAAGUUUGUUUCACUUAUACCAUCAUAAGCCUGAUGUUUGUAGAUAAUUGUAGCAUUGAAUCAAACUGUUUUUUCCUACUUUUCUACAAUGCAAUGAGUUAUUUAUUUUCUUAUUCACUUUCAUUUUUACUGGUAAUGAGUGCACCUUUUUUUUGUUGUUGAAGCUCCUCUGAGCUGAAAUGUGUUUUUAUUUGGAUUUGUAUGAAACCUACGAAUGUGUUGCGGUCGCUUUUCCUUUACAGUGUUUCUAUUUAGUCAGUAUUCAUUUAGGCGGUCAUUUGAAUUGCUCUCUUCAGGUUCGGUUUAUCUCUCAGCACCGUUUUUGACCCAACACAGUUCAUAUCAGGCUGGUACACUAAGAGGGAAAGGCCUUCACUUGAGGUACACAUUGGUCGUUGUAUAAUCACAAAUGCUUAUAACUGUGAUUAUGAUCAUUGUACUCAAUUUUGGAAGCAAAAGGGUUCAUUUUAAUUUUAAAGAAGCUAACUAUAUUUAUGUAAAACGAGAAGAAAGACUAGCGUGUUGAACUUGUACCGAUUGCAACAGUUGUUGGGCUGGAUAGGGUUGUGCAUUUAAUGCCAUAUAUAUCCACUGUCAAUAAAUUUCUGUGAAGACAUCUGUGAUUGAGUUUUGAGUGUCUGCUGAAGAAAAGUCAAAGAAAUCUGAAGUAGAUAGUUUAGGACAGUUAUUAGACAUUAAUACACAGACAUAUGCAAUUUGAGGUAUAAAUAUAUUUGGAGUACAUGUGCUAUGGGUCCAACACAAAGUCCUUUCAGGUUGUGCUUUAAUAUAAAAUAAAAUAUACAAAAGAAAAUGUAGCUACAUAUUAAUGCAUCAUAUGUUGUCUCUCACAGGAAGAGAAGAUAGCUGCUGCACUUAAAGAGUUGCAGCUGGACUGACUGAGGGGAAAGGCAGCAUGUGCUUAUAUUGUCGGGAAAGGGGAGGUCUGGCACCAAAAGGGUCUCGGAAGUAUUCUCACCCUAAUUACAGUACAUUCAUCAAAGUUCCAACCAAACGUGACAGGAAAGGUUUCUGCAUCCCCGACCGGAAAGGAGUGGGUUGAAGUUAGCCAUCUGUGACAAAAUGUGCUUUUAAAAUAUCAGUCUUACUCAAUGACAUAUCAACACACUGUCAUAAUAGAAGAAUGAACCAUAACUUGACACAUAGCCUAAAACAACUUCCCAGGCGAAAAAAGUUGAACAAAGAAGCUUCAGAUAGCCAAGAUAACAAUGAUGUGUCAGGGCUAGUCGUUCUCAUCCAAAAGUGAAAGUAAAACUGUUAAAGCACCGUAUGCCCUGGUGUACUUGAGAGGUUAUGUCUAUGUGCAAGUUAAAGUCAUAGCAUAUUCUGAAUGAACACAAAAACACAUCUGCACAUUUGAAUCUUGAAAAUAAAGAAACUAUAUUUUUGCAAACAC